AUGGUAUUUUCCCAACCAGGUGAUUGGAAUAUUGGGGUGAUUAUUCCUGCUCAUGAAUUCUCCGAGAAAAGUAUGUGUAGCAGAAUUCCGCGACGUCUCACUAACCUUAAAAAAAUUGAAGCUAUUAAAUUUGCAGUCGAUGAGAUUAACAAGAGAAAAGAUAUUCUACCGAACACAACGUUGGGAUUUUAUAUAUUAGACGACUGUUCUAAGGAUACGACAGCCAUGGUGAGGGCUCUACAGUUUACACAGUCGUCGAAAUUGAACAAAGAACAACCUAAUGAGCUUAGUAGCUACGAUGUUAUAGGUGUUAUUGGGGCAGAGAGCAGUAGGAACACUGUUCAAAUAGCCGAUCUAUUGUCAUUGUUCAAGAUUCCAGUAAUCAGCUACGUAUCAACCAGUCCUCUACUUAGUGAUAAAGAUACAUAUCCAUUCUUCUCACGAAUCGUACCCUCGGAUUCCCUACAAGUAUCAGUUUUAAUGGACAUCAUCAUUAAGUUCAAUUGGAAUUAUGUUUCUAUAGUAUAUGAGGACGGAAGUUAUGGGAAUGAGAUUUACCAAGCCUUUAAGAAGUUGAUGAACCAAAAUAAAAAAUGUCUUGCAGUUAGUCGAGUCGUGAGAGGUGAAUUAACUCCAGACAAAGCAGAACGGAUCGUAAAGGAUUUGAAGUCAGCAGAUGGAGCUCGAGCAGUUGUCCUAGUACUGAUCACAAGUGAUGCUGUGAAGAUCUUUAAGACUGUCAAACGUUUGGGAUGCAGUAACCAUUUCACGUGGUUAGGAACAGAUGGUUGGGGGAGUAAUAUCAAUGACUACAAAGACGUUGAAGAUGUAGCCCUAGGUUCUUUAACAAUCGGAUUCCAUGGAGUAUUUGUUGAAAGACUUGAUAACCAUAUCAAACAUUUAACUCCGGCCAAUGCCACAUAUAAUCCAUGGUUUGACGCGUUCUUUGAAAGGAAUUUUGACUGCAAAUUUGGUCCAAUUGGAAAUGAAACAAAAUGUGACAGAUGGAAAAACCUUUCAGAAGGAUAUGCCCCAAGUUUUAUGCCUGGUUUCGUUAUGGAUGCAGUGUAUGCUUUUGCUUAUAGUUUAGAAAAAUCUUUGCAGAACUGUAAGGAUGCAGAUAUCAAAGAUUGUAUUAAAGGAAGACGUUUUUUAAAUGUUAUAAGGAAUACAUCUUUUGAAGGAGACAAUGGAAUGGUGGGUUUUGACGAAUUUGGAGAUGGUAAAUCUACCUAUGCGAUCAGAACCUUACGUGAAACAAAUGGCGGAUAUCAACUUGCAGUAAUUGGAGUAUGGGACACAGGAAAAAGAUUAUUUACUUAUUUUAAUACUAAAAACAUUACGUGGAAAUCAGGAUUUAGUAAUGGCGAUAAUCCACCUAGAUCUCAGUGUAGCAAGGAUUGUCCCCCUGGGUUCGCAGCCAUUCUCACCAAACCUCAAUGUUGUUGGUACUGUCAGCGAUGCCGUAACAAUGAAAGAUCGGUUAUGAUUGACCAGAAACUAGUAUGCGAAGUUUGUCCUGUGUUCUCAUGGCCAGAUAAUUCUAAAACAAGAUGCGCACCCAUUAAGAUAUCGAAGAUCUCUUACAACAAUGCAAUAGGGAUUUCAAUCAUGAUUGUUGUUAUUAUAAUGAUCACCGGAACAAUGACCUGUAUCGUCCUGUACAGCAAAACAAAUAACUUAAAAUCCCGAAAUAGAGAAUUAGUCUUUUUAAUCGCCAGUGGGAUCCUUGCGUCGAAUAUAGUAUCUGCGACUUUCCUGAUCUCUCCGUCAGAGUCAUCUUGUAACUUUAUACUUUUUGGAUUUCAUUUGAGUUUUACUUUGGUAUACAGCCCUUUCCUGUUGAAAGCAUAUAAAAUACACCACGCCGACAAGAAAGUUCCAGUGCUAGGGGAAGAAACACCACCGACUCCAGUUCGUAAUGUGGUAUAUUAUUGUUUCGUUGUCUGUAUUGAAGUGAGUAGAUUUCAGAAUUUUAGUGGGUUUUAUGGGGAGAGGAGGGGGUGCUAUAUACGAAUGACAAGAUUUUACCUAGUGUUUUUUUUUAUAAACUUAAAAUACCAUAUGAUUUGCUAA